GCCUAAUCCUUCGAGUCCCCCACCACCGACAAUGGCGAGCGCUGCUUCUAUCGCCCCCGCCGUCGUUGCUUCCAGAAGCUUCAGCUUCACUGCCGCGGCAUACCCCUCCGCCUCGCGCACGCGUAGUCCGGCCGCCCUCUCCUGUGGGGUCCGCAACCAGCAGCGCCCGUCCACCGCCUCUGCCUGCCUCCAGCCGCCGACUGCCUCCCAUGGCGCCGCCACCAGGUUGUACGUCCGCGGUAUAUCGUUCCGUACAACCGAGCAGAGCCUCCGGAGCGCGUUGGAGAAAUUCGGUCAGCUUACAGAAGUUCAUCUCGUGAUGGAUAGAGUAGCAAAGCGGCCGAGAGGUUUCGCGUUCGUGUCUUACGCCGACGAGGAGGAAGCCAAGAGCGCCAUCGAAGGAAUGCACGGGAAGUUCCUGGAUGGCAGAGUGAUCUUUGUCGAGGUUGCUAAACGAAGGCCUGGACUCUCAGCCUCUGAGGGAUCGUGCCCAGGUGCCAAGCGAAGUGUCAUCCAGUUUCCUUGACGCUCGGGAGACAAACCUGGCAAGGCUUUCCAAAUUACAUGAACCUGUGUGCGCAAAUUUCAAUCCAUUGCAGAUUGCUGUAGCAUGGCGACCACCAAAGCUCCAUAGUAUUAUGA